AGGUGAUGAGAGACUUCCCUGCCAUCCUACUCCUGGCUGAAGUCCUGCUUAGCUCACCAGAACCUGCUGCCUCCCUGUGCGAGAACGGAUUUGUUGCCUUCGACAUAUAUUGUAAGCAGUAAAGAGACGGAACGAGACGGUUCAUUACCGCACUGGGCAAAGCUUCAGUAUGGAAUUAUAACACCAAAAACACCCAAAUCCUCGUAUAAGCCAAAGGGGAGAUGGGCUACAAGAAGUCCCCUCAGGGACUUGAAUGUUGGAUGUCCAAUAUUUGUACCAAAGUCAGAAGUGGUUGAUAUAAUGGAAACACUCGCUACCAAGGAAAAGGAUAUCGUAUGUACUGCUCUGUUUUAUGCUUUGAACUGGUUUCGGGAAAUUGUCAAUGCCUUCGCCACGCAGAUUGAUCCAGAAAUGACGAGAAUAGACUACUACAAAACAUUACAGAGGUGACAAAAUCCCUGGAGAAGUGCUUAGCCAGUCACACAGAAUUAAAACCUCCGUUAGCGAGGUUUGAAGAAGAAAAAUGGACUAGAAAUCAUGAGAAGAAUUUCUGAAGACAUGCAAAAGUUACAUAAAGAAAGAGCCAUCCCUCAUCAAAUUAAUCGAGAAAAGACAUCGUAAAUGCAGUGCAAAAUACUUACAGUCCUCAGAAUUUUAUAACAGUCUACAAAUUACUCGUGCAAAGAUCGAAAGUAAUCCCAAAGAAAUCUAUCUCUAUUUAAGAGAUUUUCUAAAAGAACUCAAAAAUAAAAAUGAAAAUGAGAUGAAAAGAAAAAGAGAUAAUGCAUCCCCAGCUGAAGAUCAUCAUGAAAAUAAGAGAUUCAAGCAAAAUGAAGAAGGGAAAGAAGAAGGUUUUUCUUCCACCUCUGCAGGUGAAUCAGGAAAUGUCUGUGAAGUUUCAGAAAGAAGUGCUAAGCCUGGAACCUCUUUGGCAACCAAAUUUAAGGAACAUUUUUAUAAAUGUGAUAGAUAUCAAGGUAACACAGGUAUUGAGGGAGGAGAAACUUGUGAGUCUGACUCUGAAAUUCAAAUAGAAUCCCUGGAAAGUUUCAGUGAAGAAGAUCCAAAAAUUGUGACAGUGUCGAAAGAUACGAAAGGAGCUGUUGAAAAAAAACAUCUCAAAAAGGUGCCUAAUGAAGAAGAAGAAGAUGUUGAGGAUGAGAUUUCUAACAAGGAGAGGGUGUCACAAGAUAAGGAAAAUGCUGAGGAUAAGAUUCACAAUAAACACACUGUGUUACUAGAACAGGUGGAAGAUUUUGAGGUGGUGCUAAAUGAGGAUUACUCAAAUAGCAGUACAGGAAGCUCAUUGGUCAAUUACAAUAUCUCAGGGACCAAUAAAGACUCUGCUUGUGAUUCCAUUGUUUUGGAUGAACCUGACAUUAUAUUAGACAAUGUAAAAAAAGUAUAUGUUGAAAACAGUGAACGCACUUUGGCAAAUAAAAGACACUUUAACCUAGAGAAAGUUUCUGAGGAAAGUUCAAAUUGGGGAGAUGAGAAGGUGUCUAAAAAGUCAAAUGAGUCAUCUUCUAUUGAUAAAGAAGAAGAUGACAAGUCUGAAUCAGCAAUGGAUAAAUAUCCUGAUUCCACUACCACAGAACCAACAGAAAAAAAUCAAAGUAAAGUUCCAAUAACCAUGAUAAUGCCAAGUCAAUAUAAAGUUGUUUUCCAAAAGCUGAAAACUACUGUCAACAAGAUGGAAAGUUUUCUAAAGUCACCAAAGUGGUAG